AUGACUCGCUCCGAAUUUACGUUUACGCAGGCCAUGCAGAUGGAGGAGCUGCAGGAACAACUGCAAGUCGCUGGGACUUGGCGCAGACUUCGAGGGCCCCUACUCAGCUGGUGGUUUAUCCGUGAAUGUCUCGAACGUGUUCCGGGUGAGAUGUGUUACAUCUUUGAUUGUUGCUCCGCCGGAUUAGAGGCCUUGGCUACGUACGAGGGCGCGGAGUGUCUGGCAGCCACUGCCUGGGAUCAGAAAGCAGCUGCGACUCUCCAAUAUCCCUUUACCCAGGUUGUCAUCCCACGACUUUAG